AUGAGGUCCGACACUUUGUUUCCCGUCUUGUUCGCCGCCGGCGGGCUUUGCAAUCUCCACCUGCAGCAUGCGGUGGUCAAGAGCUUCACAUCCAGGCUGAAGCGCGACGUCAGGAUCGACUGGGGACACCCUCCCACGUUUGACACUAAUCUGGUGUCUGAGCCGACUGCUUGGCCGUGGACCAUGACAUGCAAUCCGGUUGAAUUCAAAAUAAGAAAGGAGAUGGCCCAGCCGCGGCCUUCGAAGCCGACCUCGACCCCAUACCAGCCGAAUGUCACCAUCUACUAUACUCCGUACAUGGAGAACAGCAUCAUAAACAUGGGCGACGACGACAUUACGUUCUCGGUGGAGCAGUCGACGACCAGCAUAGACAGCACCACCGAGGGCUGGCAGAUUGGGGCGCAAUUGACGGCGGGCGCCGAGAGCGUCGCCCUCGGCAUCUCGGCGGGAUACUCCAAGUCGUGGACGACGGGGAAUUACAAGACAAAGGCAGUGUCGAUUCACACGACGUGCAAGCCCGGCUAUGACUGCCGCAUCGAGACUUGGACCUUUCAUCUCAAGAUAUCUGGAUCCUGCAAGCUCCGGCCCAUCAUCGUCUGCGGCGCCGAGAUAGACGCUUGCGUCGGCAAGUUCUCCCGCGCUCCAUCCAACCAGUUCAAGGCCUUUGGGCAGAAGCACUGCCCGUCUCACCCGCCUAACCAGCCUUAUAAAUUCGAGGCCUGCGAGGUAAACACGCCCAUCUUCGACCAAGUCGGGAAGCCCCUCACCCGCCUAGUCCGCAUUUCCGAAAAGAUCAUACCGGAAUCCGACGACAACGAAGCCACCAAGGCCCUCAAAGCGGUAGCGGCAGAGGACGGGUGGUACCAGCUGGAGAAUGGCGAAUGGUACGACCCCAAGGACGACAUGUAUUACGGCAACAACGGCGACGGUUGGUACUCCAAGCCAAACAUGCCCAAGCCCGACCUUUCCAGGUUCCAGGAGGCUGCUCCGGCGAGGCGCGGGGAGGUGGGCAGCGCCCGCGGAGGCGUACGGCGCGCGAGGUCACUGGUUGCCGCGAGGAGGCGGGUUGAGAUUGUGUUCUUGGACAAGGCGGGCUUUUGA